AUGAAUACAUGUGAAAAUUCAAUGUCUGAUUCUUUCAUUGACAAACAUGCAGCAAAGAGAACAAAGCUCGAGAUUGCAGAAAGGCCUUUGAAUUUUGCAAUAUCACCAGAUGAAUUGGAGAUGCAGUCUGUAAAAAAAGCUAAACUGCCACGGGAUCCAAUGUCGCACAGAAUCAUAGAAAAGAGGCGACGAGAUCGCAUGAAUAAUUGCUUAGCAGAACUCAGUCGACUUAUCCCACCAAGCUACUUGAAACAGGGUCAAGGUCGUAUUGAGAAGACAGAGAUAAUAGAAAUGGCAUCCAAGCUUAUACGAAACCUGUUGAACUUGCAUAAUUUCAGAGAAAUGAUGGAGAAAGAGUUACCACCAGAUGGUGGGGGAAUUAAUCCAUGCUGUCAGGAAAAAUUUUACAUGGGAUAUAAGGAAUGUCAAGAGGAGAUACUACGACAAUUAAUCGACACAGAAGGGCUGGAUCCUAAAGAUGCUUUCUAUCAGAGAAUGACAAACUUUUUAGAACAGAGCAGUAAGAAAUUUCUGCGGUUAUCAACAGUAAAAUCUGCAUCUGAUGUCCAAGCUGUAAAGCCUGAUGAUUCCUUGACGUCAGAAGCAACAAUUUCAAAUUUUAAUUCACAGAGCAAUGGCCAAGUGCUGCAAGGCAUGGGAAUUUCAGAAAACAACAUGGCCCUGAUAAAACAGGAUGAACACCUCUGUACCUUACUGAAGCCAACUGAACAAACAUCCAGCCAAACAUCAGGAUACUGUAGUUCCAGUAAUCAGUCAUUGUCAGAUGGAAGCUUAUCAUGCAUUACAUUGCAGUCUGUUCAGAGAGAUACAGCAGAGAAAGAUGAAUGUAAUGGGUCAAGAGGAAGUUCAUGCUCCAGUGACCAGAAUUCAUCUGAAGGCAGUAAUGGACACAAGAUUGAUUACCACAAGUCACAUGCUUACAAGUUUAAGCACAAUAUUACCAAAAGGUUUUCUCAAGAAAGACGUCCUUAUCAUCACAAAAGUGAUAGAUCAUCUGAUUCAAUGGAGGAUGAAAAUGAACAAGGAAAGCAAAAAACAGUGGGCUAUAGAACUUCCAGUCCUGGCACUGAAUAUAGUCGAUAUUUAGGAUCUGAAAAUAGUUCUACAAACAGUUAUUGUGAGAAAAAUAAAGUUCCACGAUAUCAGAAUGAUUUUGGGAGUGAUGGACGUUUUGAUUCAAAACAGGUGCCUCUUCCAGCCUUUGUACUUCAUCCUCUUGGAACACAUUAUGUUCCAGUGACAAUACAUCCUACACAUUUCAAAAAUGUGUUUAAAGAUGAAACAAAUACUAAAGCAUCAACAGCAUAUCAUCCCAUUAGUAUCCCAGUGAAUUUCUGUGGUCCAAGUGUUUCCAUACAUACACAGGUAGAACAGCAGCUCCUACGUGCCUCAGAAGGACAGAAGGAAGAAAGAUACAUUGAAAAUUCAAAGAAAAUGUUUUAAAAUAGAAAAUCUAAAGAUAUUUAUGCAUAUAAAUGUCAGGACAAUAGUGGUUAUGUUUAAAGAUACAUACUUUUAAUGGUUUUUUUACAAUAUAAAUUUGUUGUUAAGAAAAUACAUUUGUUUGUGAAACAGAAUUUCAACUUUAUGAUGUAGAACUGUUGAUACAUUGUACUUAUAUCUGAAGUGAUGAAAUAGUUUUUACAUUAAUCAUGCUCAACUUAAAGUUUUUAUCCUCAAUUUUUUGUUUAUAUUGAUAAAAAAGAAAAAGAAAACAAUUGAAUGGUUGUUAUUUGUAUUAACUAUGUUAUCAUUUUUGCAUAUUUUAUUAUUUUCAGAAAGUUACUUUGAAGAUUUAAAUGUAUGUGCAAUAGAUUUAAUAUAAUUUAAAAAAAAAAAAAAAUUUUAAUGCAUUUUGUUGUUAAAGAUCAACAAAUGUUAGUGCUCAACAAUAUACAAAUUUCUUACAGGUAGAUUUUACACCACCAACCCCAUUGAAUAUUAUUUAUCCACUCAAGAUUUUAAGGUUUUGAAAUUGAAUAGCAGAAAGUCAAUAAGUUUUUAUAUUGUAAUACACAGGUAAAGUUAUAGAAUCUGUUUCUCUUAUCAUGUUUAUGGUCAAAAGAAAAAUGACAAGUGCUAAUCAAAUAUGGCGGGAAAUAACAUGCGACAAAUUAAAUCAAUGUACAAAAUGAUGUAAGAUUUAUCAAACUGGUCAGAUCUGGUUUAGGUGCACAGAGAAUGAGAGAAAAGUAUGUAUGCAACAUUUCUAAAACCCAUAAAAUAAGGUUUCCAGGAAAAUAUGAUUCUCCCUCAACCCAUGAAUAUAAAUGAAAUCAUAUCUACUUCAUAGUGAUUAAAUUAUAAGAAUGCAGUGUUAAAACUACCAUUAAAAUGGGAAAGAAGUAGCAAUAAAUGUUUUCAAACAUACAGUAAAUUUUAUUUGGAGGAUUUGUAUUGUUUUUUUGUUUUUAUUGUCUCGUGGGUUUGUAUACAGUUUAAAAAUAAAAAAAAAAUAUCUUCUUGUAACUGAAUUUAAUAAUUGUUCGUUCUUUUUUAUUAAUUUGAAAAUUUAAUAUUAGAGCAGAAUUAGCUAAGAUUUUGACAGUAUAAUUUGAAAAAAAAUAAUGUAUGUUUUUUUUUUAAACAUUUAUAAAAAUGGUAUAUUGAAUAAUAAUAUAGCUAAAAAGUUGGUUUUAUAUAUAUCACUUCAAUAACAAAUUUGAAAAUUUGUAAAAAACAGUUUUCUUCAAUUGUAACACUACAUGAAUCAUUGAUAAUAUUUAUUUUAUAUGAUACCUGUAGUUAAACCUUUAUCUUCAAGCCUCAGAUUAAAAUUCAAUCAUAAAAGUAAAGCCAGUUAGACAUUUCAGCAUUUGCACUCUUUAUUUUAUGUGUAUAGAGAGAUUUGGCGUCGGUGUACAUACAGAUUUAUUAUGAGAAGAUAAGAAAUUAUGAAAUGAUGUUUGUUUUAUGACUUUGUGCAGUUUUGGUGCAUAAAAUAGAUUAUUUUUCUAUUAACUUAUCUUGUUUGAUGUAGAUAUUGUGGCACUCAUCUGUUGUUGAACAUAUUUUGUUUACAAGCAAUAAUUAAUUUCAAAAUAUUUUGAUUUUUUUGUUGAUUAUUGUUCUUUAUUAUACUCCUGCCUUGAAUUGGGCUGCAUAUUGUGAUGCACAUGUCAGUCUGUCUGUUCUACAUAAGUUUGUUUUCAGGAUAAUUAAAAUACCCCUUGACUAAAUUGCUUAAAAUUUUAAAUAAUGUCAUGGACGAUAAAAUACAAAUCAAGAUCAAUUGUGAUGGUUUUGACAUUUAUCCUUCAAGAGUUAUGCCCCUUAGUCAAUUUAAAGGGGUUUCUUCCUCUUCCAGUUGAUGAUGAUAAUAUUGCUUGUCCAAAUCUUUUAAAACUUUGUCAUGGACCAUAAAAUACAGGUCAAGUUUGAUUUUGGAGACAAAAUCUUUCUAGAUUUUAAACCAAAGUUAUGAAACAUAACAUACUGGUCAUUUUCAAUUUUGAAGAUAGUUUUGGCAUUUACCAUUAAAAGAGUUAUUUUGCAAGUAGGGGCAUCUAAGAUUUCUAAAUCACUUAAUUCUAGUUUUAUAUGAAAUGUUGGUUACUAGCCAUCACAGUACCUUGUCGUAGUAUCAUGUAUAGAGGCAAUGCAGAUUUCAUCAAUUAUGCAAAUUGAGAAGUUGCAUAUUAUUAAAAGUUAUUUAAUGCAAUGAGAUUAUAAAUUACUUUUAAGUUGUCAUUUCAGAAUCGAAUGUAUUCUAGGUAAUACUUUCAAAAACAUACACCAUAGUGUUGGCUAACAAAAUCUUAAACUAUUCAACCAUAUGAUUAUAUUUCCAUUUUGGGGGAUUUUAGAUUUUAGUCUGUUUAGAUUCAGAAAUGGUGAAUUAUAAUGUUAAAGUUUCUAUUUUAUUGUGUAUAACAUGUUAUAAAACUUUUUAUGUAAAGUUAGAGAUUAUAAUAGGAUAAUGAAAAGUUGCUGUGUCUAAUCUAUAAGUCACUGAAUUCAGCUAUGUACAUGUGUUUAUUUGGGCUGUUCCAGAUUUAAAAGCAUGGGCAAAUAUGAGGCACUCAAAUUACAUAUUGUGAGUGGUUGCAUUUUCUUUUAGAAAUUUGUAAGAAUUUAAGUAAAAUUUAAUUUUAUAUUAUGGGUGGUUGGGGUAAUGACUUUUGAAUUACCUCGAAAAUGUUUAAACAGAUUCUAGAUACAUUUUUUAUUUAGAUUGUUUUUAAGUAGGACCUCAUAAUAUUCUAGUCAUGACUGAUUUUCAAUGUUGCUCUUUAUACUCUUCUAGAGUUUUGUCCCUUAAAUUGUCUCUUCAGCUUUACUGUAGGUAAAGUUUAAUUUUCAGUAUUACUGAAAUUACUGUUCCAAACUUUUCUGAUAAUGGCUAAAUUAGAUUUCUGAAUGAUAGGUUUUUAUGAGCUAGGGACAUAUAUAUAUAUCUAUGAAAUCUGUUCAAGUUAGCUCAAUUUUAAAAAUAUGAAAAGCAAAAAAGUGUUGGUGGAUAGUUGUCUCAUUGGCAAUCAUACCACAUCUCCUUAUUUUUAUAUUGAGAAAUCUUCAUUAAUAAACUCAUUUGAGAUGAAAUCUUGUUAAGGAACUAAUAUGAGAUGAAAUCUACAUUAAGAAACAAGAUAUGUAUAAAGUUGAUUUCACUAACAUAGUACUAAGUUGAGUGAAGAAAACAUUUAAAAUAACAUUCUGUGACUUACUAGCUUAACAUGUAUUAUUGUUAUAAUUUUUGUUGUUUGAACUUUGAAGGGUGAUUAUUGUUAUUGUUUUGUAUAGUUUGUUACAUUUGUUGAAUUGUUUGUUUUGGAAGAUCAUUAUUUGUUCAAUACUUCAUUGUAAUAAAAUAUAGUGAAUACA